AUGUCAGUGGAGGGGCAGUCGUAUGCCGCCAUCAUCUUUGCCCUUGCUGAGAAGCGCCGAGUGGACGGAGGGUACUACCCAGCGAGCGCAAGGCGGGUGCGGCAGGCUGCAUGCGCCGCUGCAGUGCUUGGCAAAGCGCUCGAGCGGCUUGAUCCGCGGAGGCCCCGAACGGCAAUCGUCCACAACCUGGGGAGAGAAGAGCUCGGCAUUCUCACACAUGGCAAGCUGUGGCGGCUGCACCGGUGGAGGACGCCUCUAGACGGGCUCAACAACAAGAACCCGCUCUGGUCUCUCCCGUUUGCGCGGGUCAUGUACUUUGACACCGACCACCUGCCGCUCCUCACCGGCAGCGCUGAGCGGAUCGAGCUGCGGCGGGCGUCGUUCGAGCGGGCGUGGAGCGAGCCAGGCGAGCUUCGGGCGUUGGGCGAAGUCAACGCAAAGACGGGCCUACUCUGCUUCAACGGAGGGCUCCUACUGCUGAGGCCGGCGGCCGCCUCGGCGGCUCGGCUAGAGGCGGCCUCAAACAUGUCGGCACGGCUCGUCGGCACGCCGCCCUCACAGUGGGGGCGCAGGGUGGCCGCGUUCAACCAAGGGGCAGCCGUGCCCUUUGAGGGCAACCUCUCGCGCUGCUCGCACCCCGGAGGCGACCAGGUGCCGCUCAAUGCCGCCUUCCAGCACAACUGGGCGCCGCUCAACCUCACCUCGAUUGACCCCUACAGCUGUGGGUGGGCGGUGGCAGGUGGUGGCGGCGACAGUGGCGACCAGCCCGCCCGCUUCAGCCAGCUCGACGCCUACCACUCGUUCCUCAACACGCUGCCGCUGCAGCUCGGCGCCUCGUGCAACGAGAGCGCCGCCGCCGCCGGUAGGGAAGACAAGGGCGUCGAAGUGCAGCUGCUGCUGUUCGAAUCGUUCGGCGGGUUCGGAAAGGGGGUCCGUGAGAUCCUCCGGAAGGCGGCGGACGUGCUACAGAACAAGCUGACGCGGGCCCAGUACCUCGAUGAGCCGCUGCCACCGCCGCUGCCAAGUCCCGCCCCUGCCGCCAUCACCAAUCUGCCCACUCUCCCGCCCCCUUCCCUGCCGCCACCGCCUGCGCCGCCACCGCCUCCGCCGCCUCCGCCACCGCCGCAACUGAACUUCCCGCCUCCCUUGCCGCUCCCCGUGCCGCUCGUGCCGAUGCCAGCGCCCGCGCCGCUGCCGCCGCCGCCGUUUCUCGCAGGCGGUCUCACUCAAGCGGAGGACGGCGGUCUCGCAGAGGGCUUCAGCCUCUCGACGCCGGAGCAGCAGCAGCAGCAGCAGCAGCGGCAGCAGCAGCAGCAGCAGCAGUGGGAGAUGGAGCAGCGGCAGCGGCAGCAGCAGUGGGAGGUGGAGCAGCGGCGGCAGCAGCAGCAGCUGGAAGAGGUGGUAGAGGAGGAGCUGCUCGAGGAGGCGCCCAUCUCAAGUUGCGGCCGCCUCUGGCAGUGGACUCGCUCUCAGGGCCAGCCGCUGCAGUCGUUGCCCGUGUGCGUCCUCUUCGUGCGUGGGUCGCCCGUCGCGACGCUGGCUGCUGGCGAUUUUACGCCGGAGCUGCUCAUGAAGUGGUCGUACUUGGCCGGCUGAAGCCCGUGUGUGCGAAUCAGCGAGGGUCGGCGCUGCGCUGCUCGACACCGCCGCAGUCGGCGGGGCAGCGACGCUCGACACCCAUUUUCUUUGCACACAUGCAUGUUGAUUUGUCCACUGCCUUCGGACGUGUACCUGAAGCAGUGAGAGUGUGAGCAAUCAACCUCUCCUCUCUCUUCUCUACUUCCACACCUAGAUCCUAGUACGCCCUGCGGACUACCUGUGUUAUAUCGGUGUUGGCGGCACUGUACUUUACUGUAGACACUCGUGUACGGAGUCUUCCCAUCGGCGUAUGACCGCA